AUGGCACAACUCGAUACUCUUGAUGUGGUUGUCCUCGCGGUGCUCUUGGCUGGUAGCAUUGCCUACUUCACCAAAGGCACCCUCUGGGCUGUCGCUAAAGAUCCCUAUGCGUCUUCCGGUCCCGCGAUGAACGGUGCGGCCAAGGCUGGCAAGACCCGCAACAUCAUUGAGAAAAUGGACGAGACUGGCAAGAACUGCGUUAUAUUCUAUGGAUCGCAGACUGGAACUGCCGAGGAUUACGCCUCGAGACUGGCAAAGGAAGGAUCUCAGCGGUUCGGCCUCAAGACCAUGGUGGCUGACCUCGAGGAGUAUGACUAUGAGAACCUGGACCAAUUCCCCGAAGACAAGGUUGCGUUCUUUGUGUUGGCCACCUACGGAGAGGGCGAGCCUACCGAUAACGCUGUCGAAUUCUAUCAGUUUAUCACCGGCGACGAUGUGAGCUUCGAGGGCGGCGGCGCCGCCGAUGACAAGCCGCUGUCCUCUCUCAAGUACGUCACUUUCGGUCUGGGUAACAAUACAUAUGAGCACUACAACUCCAUGGUUCGCCAAGUGGACGCCGCAUUGACGAAACUCGGUGCCAAGCGUAUUAGCUCCGCUGGUGAGGGUGAUGAUGGUGCUGGUACAAUGGAAGAAGACUUUUUGGCAUGGAAGGAACCCAUGUGGGCUGCGCUUUCUGAAGCUAUGAACUUGCAGGAACGCGAUGCUUCUUACGAACCGGUUUUCAGCGUUACCGAAGACGACUCUUUAACCCCUGAGGAUGAUUCCGUUUACCUCGGUGAGCCUACCAAGGGACAUCUUCAAGGUGAAGCAAAGGGCCCCUUUUCUGCGCACAACCCAUACAUCGCACCUAUCGUCGAAUCUCGCGAGUUGUUCACUGUCAAGGACCGCAACUGCUUGCACAUGGAAAUCAGUAUCGCCGGAAGCAACCUCACUUACCAGACUGGUGAUCACAUUGCGAUUUGGCCCACCAACGCAGGUGCGGAGGUGGAUCGGUUCCUCAGCGUUUUUGGUCUCGAUGAGAAGCGUCACUCGGUCAUCAACGUCAAGGGCAUUGAUGUUACUGCCAAGGUUCCUAUUCCCACGCCUACCACCUACGAUGCCGCCGUUCGUUACUACAUGGAAGUUUGCGCCCCUGUUUCCCGUCAGUUCGUCUCCACUCUGGCUGCCUUUGCUCCCGAUGAGGAGACCAAGGCAGAAAUUGUGCGCCUCGGUAGUGACAAGGAUUACUUCCAUGAGAAGAUCACCAACCAUUGUUUCAAUAUCGCCCAGGCCUUGCAGAGCAUCACUCCCAAGCCCUUCUCUAGUGUUCCUUUCUCCCUGCUCAUUGAGGGUCUGAACAAGAUUCAGCCGCGUUACUACUCGAUCUCCUCCUCAUCUCUCGUCCAGAAGGACAAGAUCAGUGUUACCGCUGUUGUGGAGUCUACUCGCUUGCCCGGUGCUACUCACGUCGUCAAGGGCGUGACCACCAACUACCUCCUCGCUCUGAAGCAGAAGCAGAACGGUGAUCCUUCUCCCGAUCCUCAUGGCCAGACUUAUGCUAUUACCGGUCCCCGCAACAAGUAUGAUGGAAUCCACGUCCCAGUUCACGUCCGACACUCGAACUUCAAACUGCCGUCGGAUCCUUCGCGCCCUAUCAUUAUGAUUGGUCCCGGUACUGGUGUCGCUCCUUUCCGUGGAUUUAUCCAGGAACGAGCUGCUUUGGCUGCCCGUGGCGAGAAAGUUGGCCCUACUGUACUGUUCUUCGGUUGCCGCAACCGCGAAGAAGAUUUCCUCUACAAGGAUGAAUGGAAGAUUUUCCAGGACCAGCUUGGUGACAACCUGAAGAUGAUAACUGCAUUCUCUCGCGAAACGGAGAAGAAGGUUUACGUCCAGCACCGACUCAAGGAACACGCCGAGCUUGUCAGCGACCUGCUCAAGCAAAAGGCGACAUUCUACGUUUGCGGUGACGCUGCGAAUAUGGCUCGUGAGGUCAACCUCGUCCUUGGCCAGAUCAUCGCGGCUCAGCGUGGUCUGCCCGCUGAGAAGGGAGAGGAGAUGGUGAAGCACAUGCGUAGCAGUGGCAGCUACCAGGAGGAUGUUUGGUCAUGA